CCGCGCGCCUCCGCCCCGCCCGCGGGCCCAGGAUCAGUCGCAGCUGCUGGCUGCUCGCGUCUCGCCGCGCGCCGGCUGUUUUCCACUCCCCGGCCCCGGUUCCUGAACACUGUGCCUCUGCGGCGGGAGGGCGGCGGGAAAGGGACGGUGCGGCGUGCGGAGGGGCCGCAGGCCGUGCGGAGGAGCAGGAGCCCGCUGAGGUCGCCCCCGCCCCGCGCGAUCCGGCGGGCGGCCACUCUCGGACGCGGGCAGCGAGCGGGCCCGGGGACAGCCCGGCCCCACGAUGGCCUCCACCACCACCUGCACCCGGUUCACGGACGAGUACCAGCUCUUCGAAGAGCUCGGAAAGGGGGCUUUCUCAGUGGUGAGAAGAUGUAUGAAAAUCCCUACUGGUCAAGAAUACGCUGCCAAAAUCAUCAACACCAAGAAGCUGUCUGCCAGGGAUCAUCAGAAACUGGAAAGGGAAGCCAGAAUCUGCCGUCUUCUCAAGCACCCCAACAUCGUGCGGCUGCACGACAGCAUCUCGGAGGAGGGCUGCCACUACCUGGUGUUCGACCUAGUGACUGGCGGUGAACUGUUUGAAGACAUCGUGGCGAGAGAGUACUACAGCGAGGCCGACGCCAGCCACUGCAUCCAGCAGAUCCUGGAGAGCGUGAGCCACUGCCACCUCAACGGCAUCGUGCACAGGGACCUGAAGCCGGAGAAUUUGCUGUUGGCCAGCAAGUCCAAGGGGGCGGCCGUGAAGCUGGCGGACUUCGGCCUUGCCAUUGAGGUUCAAGGGGACCAGCAGGCGUGGUUCGGUUUCGCUGGCACGCCCGGGUACCUGUCUCCAGAAGUGCUGCGGAAGGACCCCUACGGCAAGCCGGUGGACAUGUGGGCCUGCGGCGUCAUUCUCUACAUCCUGCUGGUGGGGUACCCCCCGUUCUGGGACGAGGACCAGCACAGACUCUACCAGCAGAUCAAGGCCGGAGCCUACGACUUUCCAUCACCAGAGUGGGACACAGUGACUCCCGAAGCCAAAGACCUCAUCAACCGGAUGCUGACCAUCAACCCCGCCAAGCGCAUCACCGCGUCCGAGGCGCUGAAGCACCCGUGGAUCUGCCAACGCUCCACGGUGGCCUCCAUGAUGCACAGGCAGGAGACGGUGGACUGCCUGAAGAAGUUCAACGCACGGAGGAAGCUCAAGGGCGCCAUCCUGACCACCAUGCUGGCCACAAGGAACUUCUCAGCGGCCAAGAGUCUGCUGAAGAAGCCGGACGGAGUGAAGAUAAACAGCAGAGCCAACGUGGUAACUAGCCCCGAAGAGAACGCCCCCGCCCCGGCGCUGGAACCCCAAACCACUGUGAUCCACAGCCCUGAUGGAAACAAGGAGUCCACGGAGAGUUCCAACACGACGAUCGAGGAUGAAGAUGUGAAAGCUCGGAAGCAGGAGAUCAUCAAGGUCACAGAGCAGCUGAUCGAGGCCAUCAACAACGGGGACUUCGAGGCGUACACAAAAAUCUGUGACCCGGGCCUCACUGCUUUUGAGCCGGAAGCUCUGGGCAACUUGGUAGAAGGGAUGGACUUCCAUCGGUUCUACUUUGAAAACGCUCUGUCCAAAAGCAGCAAGCCCGUCCACACGAUCCUCCUGAACCCGCACGUGCACCUGCUGGGCGAGGACGCGGCCUGCAUCGCCUACAUCCGGCUCACCCAGUACACGGACGGCGGCGGGAGGCCCAGGACCAUGCAGUCAGAGGAGACGCGCGUGUGGCACCGCCGGGACGGGAAGUGGCAGAAUGUGCACUUCCAUCGCUCGGGGUCCCCCACGGUGCCCACCAACUAAGCACCCGUGCCACGUCGGCCUCGUGUCUCAGGCACCGGACGGGACCGGGCCCUGGUGCCGCGGCUCGUCAUCGGCCUGCUGUCGUGUGUACCCCGCGGACAGCUGCACCCCGGGAGGCCGCCGUUCCGCCCGAGGACCGCCUGCUCCUCGUGUCCGUUCCUGCCAAGACGCAGCGGCCCCGCUGUCCCCGGACGGCGUGCACGGAAAUGUACAUUUUUACACGUUGCUAGACCGCGUGUUCCCUAGUGUGUCCCGGCGAGUGGCGCUGCCCCGAGGGUGCGGCACGGUGCCAUUGGUGGUCGGACCCACGUGGGUCCGAGUGUGAUCGCGGGGGUGGCGGCACUGCCGGGACCGCUGGGCUGCCUUUCUGUCCCUCAGAUCUGCUCUGGUUUCUCACUUUCCCCGUUUCUAACGUUUUCCCAUCCUCCUCUUCGCUUUCUCUGUCUGGUGUGUGAGCAGUGGGAUGUGUGUAACAAAGGGAAAUGGAGCCCAGGCCUCAGGCCCCGCCCGCGGCUGCACACCUUGGGGCCCACGGGGUGUACGGGGUGUGGUGGGGGUAGGGUUGUGAUUUGCUUGGAGUGGGGACCGGGAGGCGGCCCGGCCAGGCCUGUGGCCGGAAGCCCCGGGAGGGCCGCCCCAGCGGUCCCGUCCUCACAGCGAUUUGAACUGGGGGUGACUGCGCUUCUCGGGGUCUCAGCCACACCCUGAGGAGGCCUCCCUCCCGGGCCAGGGGCAGGGCUGGUGUGGGUCCCGCCCUGCUGUCCCGUGUCCUAGUGUCUGUGCCGCCCGCGUGCAUGCCCCGCGUGGCUCCCUGCACCGCCCGCACCCCUCCCAGCAGGCGCAGAGCCACCCUGCGUGUCCUCCUGGGUGUGCGGGAGGCACCGCUCUCCGCCCGCCACACGCCUGCACCGUGUAUCCAGUCAAAGUGAGCGCAUGGCGCCCGUGAAGUGGCAGCUCCUCCUCCCGGGCCCCCUCCCUCCUGUGACGCGGCUGCACACGGACACGUGUGCUCACGGGAGCACGUGGGCACUGGGCGCUGGGAAGCACCGCAGCUGCCACAGGCCCUGCACACGACUCGCCGUGACGGCGAGGGCGGCUGACAUAUUUAAGAGUUAAUAAAUCUGUGAUUUCUGCUG